AAAAACACAAGAGAGGUGCCAGGCAGAGCCUAGCCCAGCUCCCCCAGGAGGCUGCGGGGCCACUUCUUCAGCUGUUGAGCCCUGAGCUGAGAGAAGAGGCUGAAAUGCCACCCAAAAGGUGACAGACACACAGCUCGGGUGAGGAAUUGUCCGCUGGGCACACAGCGAUGCUUUUCCCGGUGCGGAUCGCUCCUGCCCACCCCUCCUGCAGGUGAGCCCAGCGAGCUCUGACCCACGGGCAGGACACGAGGGCAGGACUGGAAUUAACUCCUCCCGUGCCAGAACUCCCCGUGAUGAGCCGGUGACCGGAGCCUUCCGCACGGAUUCCAGGGCUGGGCUGUUCCCUCUGGAUGCCCCUGGCCGCAGGACAGGCGGGAUGGACGUGUUAUGAUGCCGGGGCUGAGCACGGAGCCGGAGCACAACCAUGAACAGCAGCUCCAACUGCAGUGAGACAGACCUCAAGCCCUACUACGCCGUCACCUACACGGUGAUCCUGAUCCCCGGGCUCAUCGGGAACACCCUGGCCUUGUGGGUCUUCUAUGGCUACAUGAGAGAGACUAAAAGGGCCGUGAUAUUUAUGAUCAAUUUAGCCAUUGCUGACUUAUCACAGGUGCUGUCCUUGCCCCUGAGGAUUUUUUACUACCUGACAGGCACGUGGGAGUUCGGAGGAGGUCUCUGCAUGCUCUGCUUCUACCUGAAGUACGUCAAUAUGUAUGCCAGCAUCUACUUCUUGGUGUGCAUCAGUGUGAGGAGGUACCUGUUCCUCAUGCACCCCUUCAAAUUCAGUGACUGCAGGCGUGUCUGUGAUGUCUACAUCAGCAUCGUGGGCUGGGUCGUGGUCUGUGUGGGCUGCCUGCCUUUCCCACUCCUCAGGAUGCAGCACCAGGAGGAUAAAAACGCCUGUUUUGUGGAUCUUCCCAUCAAGAAACUGGACCUCCCCACCUCCAUCACGCUGAUGACCAUAGGGGAGUUGGUGGGGUUCGUGACCCCCCUGCUCAUCAUCCUGUACUGCUCCUGGAAGACAAUCUUAUCACUAAAGGAGAGGCACUCUGCUUCCCGGGACCUGGGCGAGAAGAAAAAGGCUUUAAAGAUGAUCCUCACCUGUGCCCUGGUGUUCCUGAUUUGCUUUGCACCUUACCACAUCAGCUUCCCGCUGGAUUUCUUUGUGAAAACCGGGCAGAUCUGGGAGGGCUGCGUGCAGAUCUCGGUGUUCCACGCCGUGGCUUUGUGCCUCGCCAGCCUCAACUCCUGCGUGGACCCCAUCAUCUACUACUUCACCACGGACGAGUUCAGGAGACGCCUCUCCAGGCAGGAUCUGCAGGACAGCAUCCAGCUCCAGCACCUCAGCUACGGCAGGAAGCACUCCAGGGAUGUGCUUGGGGAGGACACCACGGAAUGCUGAUCCCCAAACAGCUGCCAGCACUUCCAAUGUUCAUUACAUUUUGGCCUUUGCCACAGUUUUUUCCCUCAGGACACUGAGAACAACAACUGAAACUCCUGCUUUUGGUGAGGGUUGGAAUAAACAAACAACCUCCCCCUCAAAAAUACCCAAACCUGACCAAAAAUGUGUUGGU